AAGCGGCCUAAAUUUGGACCUAGCCGGAUUAUGAAGCCCAACAAGCCAAUCUAAUGCUCUGGCCCAAAAAUCAUGUCUUCUUCAACCCCUCUCCCUCUUUCCCCGAGACAAUCAGUUAGAAAACAGAGAGAGGUUUGGAGGUUGAAGAUGGGAGACAAGGGGGUGAAGAAGGAGGCGCUGCAGAUUCUUGGAUCGUUCGAUUCUCUUCCCCGUUUGGUCGUCUUUGAUCUCGACUACACUCUCUGGCCCUGUUACUGCGAGUGUGGCUUCAAACGUGGAAUGCCUAAAUUGUAUCCUGAAGCUAAAGGCAUUUUAUGUGCUCUAAAGGAAAAGGGAGUUAAUGUUGCUAUUGCCUCAAAAUCAUCCACUCCAAAGAUAGCCAACACUUUCCUCGAAAAGCUUGAAAUCAACUCAAUGUUUGUAGCACAGGUGAGGUUUUGUUUAAUAUGCUUGGUCAAAGCUGCUAAUCUUUUUUAAUUCACACUAAUAUGUGGUUCGUAGUAAGUUGGAGGCUAAGAAGGUGACUUAUAAAAGGUUGAGGAUAGGGCAUCUUUAAGAGUGGAGCAUAAGAUUGCGUAAGGGCAAAGCUAGAGGUGACAAGUGCGAAGAAUGAGGUUAUCAGGAGACGGGUAGGGUGGAGUAUAUGUUGCGAGAGGUCAGGUUGAGAUUGUUUGGUCACGUGAAGUAGCGUAGUGUUGAGGCCCCGGUGCGAAGAUGCGAGAGACUUACGAUAGUGGGUGGGGGCAGAAGGAGGGGUAAACCGAGGAAGUGUUGGAAGGAAGUUUUUAAGCUUGACUUAGGACUUCUAGCCCAUACCAAGGAUAUGACCUUAGGUAAGAGCAUCUGGAGAUCUAGGACUAGGAUAGUUGGGUAGUCCCUUGAAUCAGGACCUUUUUGCAGUAGUUGUUUGUCUUUUGUCUCUCUGCACUUUCCUUGACAUUAAUUGCUAUUUGUUUUUCUUGCAUGAUAUUUGCUUUCCUUCUACCUGAGCUGGGGUCUCUUGGAAAUAGUCUCUCUACUUUAGAGAGUAGGGGAGGUGUUUUGCAGUUCGUCUCACAAGACAGAACAUUUUCAAAAAAUCCAACAAAGAACAAGCGUGCCGUAUAACGAAAUGCUGUUUUUUGAUGACGAUAGUACGAACAUAGAGGCUGUCUCCAAAAUGGGAGUGACAAGCAUGUUGGUGAGCAACGGAGUAAACAUAGCCGCUUCGAAGGAAGGACUCUCAAAGUUCAUGCAGAAUCUCACGCCAUUAGAAAAAAACAAACAGAGAUGGGCUAAGUUUCCACAAAAACCUAGUUCGUCGAAAAACAAUGAAGGUUAGCUUACACCAUAGAGAUUUGGAGUAACUCAGAGCUGAGUUUUGGUGUAAAGAAAAAUACAAUUCAAGCAGUGUUGAUACCAUUUUAAGUUAGUUGCAGACAUGGAUGUAAGGUUUUAGGGUUUUGAAUGCAUUCUUCGAAUAUUUGCACUGCCUUUCCAUGGGUGGUGAAAAACAAAAGUCGCCUACUUUACAGGGACUAAAAACAUAUUUAACCGUAAUGAUUUAUGGAAGAUGCAAACAUUCUUUUGUUCAUAAUAAUUUGUCACUAAUAUAUGGUUGUUGCUUUU